UUAUAAGCAUCAGUUUUUUUCUCUUCUAGCUCCUGAGAAAAGACCGCUGCAUUAUCAGUGCUGUAGCUGCAAGCAUGACUUGACUGAGUUGCAUUCAUGGCUCUUGGAUGAUCUGGUGAACCAUGGAGCUCAAAGUAUGGGUGGAUGGAGUGCAGAGAAUUGUCUGUGGAGUCACCGAAGUCACAACAUGUCAGGAAGUUGUAAUAGCCCUUGCCCAGGCUAUUGGGCGCACCGGGCGCUACACGCUGAUCGAGAAGUGGCGGGACACCGAGCGGCACCUGGCGCCGCACGAGAACCCCAUCGUGUCGCUCAACAAGUGGGGGCAGUACGCCAGCGACGUGCAGCUCAUCCUGCGCCGCACCGGGCCCUCCCUCAGCGAGCGGCCCACCUCGGACAGCGUGGCUCGCAUCCCCGAGAGGACGUUGUACCGGCAGAGCCUGCCGCCCCUGGCCAAGCUGCGGCCCCAGAACGACAAGGCCAUGAAGAGGAGGGAGCCCAAGAGGAAGUCCCUGACCUUCACCGGCGGGGCGAAAGGGCUGAUGGAUAUCUUUGGGAAAAGUAAGGAGUCCGAGUUCAAGCAGAAGGUGCUCAACAACUGCAAAACGACGGCGGACGAGCUGAAGAAACUGAUUCACCUCCAGACGGAGAAGCUGCAGUGCAUUGAGAAGCAGCUGGAGUCCAACGAGGCCGAGAUCCGGUACUGGGAGCAGAAGUACAAUGCCAGCCUGGAGGAGGAGAUCCUCAAGCUGGAGCAGAAGAUCAAGAGAAAUGAAGUGGAGAUCGAAGAGGAGGAGUUCUGGGAGAACGAGCUGCAGAUUGAGCAGGAGAACGAGAAGCAGCUGAAGGAGCAGCUGCAGGAGAUGAGGCAGCGCAUCCUGGAGUGCGAGGGCAAGCUGAAAGACUACAUGUCCCAGAUCCACAACAUGGAGAGCGGCCUCGAGGCGGAGAAGUUGCAGCGGGAGGUGCAGGAAUCCCAAGUCAACGAGGAAGAGGUCAAAGAAAAGAUCGAGAAGGUGAAGGGUGAAAUCGAUAUUCAGGGCCAGCAGAGCCUGAGGUUGGAAAAUGGCAUCAAAGCUGUAGAAAGAUCUCUGGGCCAAGCUACCAAGCGGUUACAGGACAGGGAACAAGAACUAGAGCAACUGACAAAGGAGCUGCGACAGGUCAACCUCCAACAGUUUAUCCAGCAAACAGGAACAAAGGUCACAGUGCUGCCAGCAGACCCUGUUGAGGUGGAGGCCCCACCUGUGGAGCUCGAGAGAGAGCCGACAUUUCAGUCGGGGUCAUUGAAGCGCCCUGGGUCAUCGAGGCAGCUCCCCAGUAACCUUCGGAUCCUGCAGAAUCCCCUGUCGUCUGGUUUUAACCCGGAGGGCAUUUAUGUAUGACACUAUAUGCCUCUAGGAGAGGACCUAGCAAGGUACCCUGGACAAGAUACACUUUUCUUUUGUUCUGCCAAUGAUCAAUGGAAGAAGCUUUUUGGUUUUUGUUUUUUUUGUUAAACCACCCUUUUUUUAUUUGUCUUCUUCCUCCAACACACUACUUGGAGCCAUACCUUGUGCACUGAAGAGGCAGAGGAACUGUCUCGAUUCAUAAGUGGCAAUGGUGAAGUUGCUGUCACACACCUAGAGCGCAAAACCAAAUGGAGGUCUUUGCCACUUCAGAAGCAUUUGGGAAAGUAUUAUUCCAUGUAUAGGCAUAAAUAAAAGACUGAGGGUGAAGGAAACCAUGUAUGCAACUGAUUUGAGGUUUAAUUUAUUCCUUUUAAUCAAUGGACGUGUGAAUGUUGGCCUUUUAUAUUUUUUAUUUUUUAACUUGUGAAUAAUCAUGUAUGCUUGUACAUCAGUCUGACAAGGUGACUUUAAUUUGCAUGUACAGACAUCCAGCAUUUGAGCAAGUGCAACAGCUUGCAAUGUGGAGAGUUGUGUGCUGAACCUCUAAAAUGGUUCCUCACCACUGGCUUUGUUCCUUUCUGUUGUGGGUCGUACAUCACGUUCCAUCCGUUGCUACCUUUUAAGAUUUGAAAAGCGAGUUUGUGGGAUUUACUUGCUGUUGAAUCUGCCUUGAGAAAAGCACCUAGUGUUCAAAAGACUGAAGGAAUUAAAACCUUAGCUUGGUAAGAAUAUUUCCAGCAUACAAUUGAGGAUGCACUAGUUAGAUGAUAUUUUAUUAUAUAGAAUGUAUAUUUGAAAUAUUUUGCCACAUUGUAUAUGCCUUUUGAGAAAAAAACAAUGUAAGAAGUUGUCUUCAUAUAUCUUACCAAAAGAGAGUAAGAGGCUUUCACUGUGUGUGAUUUUGUACUUUAUUUCUGCCAAUAGCCAUUACAGUGUUCUUGUUUUGCAGUAAAUCAUGCUGUUGGAGGAGAAAAAAAAACAAAACAACACAAAUGAGCAUCCGCUCCCAGCCUUCCAGAGUUCACCCAGGUUUUGUAGAGGGAAGAAACCUGGCAGAGUCCCGUGAGGUCGGUAGCAGAGCUUCUGCUGACUUGAGUGGAGCUAGGCCAAUUUCAUUCCAGGUCCCCAGUGUAAAAUGGUAGACUUCAGCCCCUUAGAAAACAUACUGCUGCUCAGUCAUUUACAGAACAUGAAGUAUACAAACAGAAAAUCAAAAGAUCUAGUGGAUGGUUUGGGUUUUGGUUUUUGGGGUUUUUGUUUUGUUUUGUUUUGUUUUGUUUUUUUACAAAAAACCAAACCAGCAAAGAGAUAACAUUUUAUCUUAAUGUUACUCUAAUGCAGUCAAAGCGAGCUCUAGACAAAAUGGCUUUUGUUCAGAAAGAUACUACCAAGUAGCAUGUUGGGUGUGGGUCUUGAAAUUGGAUUGACAGCAUGCACGAGUUUGCAGAGUAAGUUAUUGGCAUCAGUGAGAUAGCUGAUAUACAUUAGGAGGCUACAGCCUCAUGGGUGAGAUGGAGAAUGGAUGGACCUUACCUAGUUGCGUUUGGAUUUCCUGUUCUAACAGCAGCUCGAACUAUCAUUCACACAUUUGGAAUGAUGGUCACCAUGACGUGAGAGGGUGUCACAGUGCUGUCACUGUAAUAUUUAAUAGUUAGGUCCCCAGAGCACAAAAACAAAGAGGAAUCCCAGAGUUCAGUCAGUGGCAAAAUGACAGAACUCCCAAUACCUUUGGUAGGGUCAGGAUUUUACCACUGGUAGGAAACUCCAAGCUUUUUAGCCACAGAAAAAUUUUAACUCCUAGUAUCUUCUUGUGUUGAUUUACUGGUGUGCAGAUAAAUGUUAAUUUCAAUUUUCUUUUUUUUUUCUUCUUUUUUUUUUUAAGAAAAGGAGCUUCUUAGUCAUACUGACAAACAGUGGCUUUAUCAGAUAUAGAAGAUGAAGGACUCUUGAGUGUUCAAUACAUUUUUUAUUUUCCACUUAUUAAUGGCAUCAUAUAUUCUAAAAAUGCUGCUGUACUUAGACUAACAGCAACAGAUAAGGCUGUGAAUAUAUAAAAAGGACCUUUCCGAAUGGACUCUGAAUUUUUACUGUUUAAAUUAUCAGGUCUUCUUUUUCCCUUGUGAGUAAACUGGAAAAUGAGAUGUUCCUAUCCAAGGAACCUUCGCAGUGCUCACAAUUUUACUGUUAGUUUAUCACAAUUCUGUGCUCAUGUUUACUGCGCCCAUAACUUUGUAUUAAAAAGAGAAUGUGUAUAUAGAUAUAUAUAUAUAUAUAUAUUAAAAAAAAUGUAAAAUAUACAUAGUUUCAGGACAAUAUCUGUCCAAGGUACUUGAGCAUAUAUGCCUUACAUUCUGGGUUCAAUUUACAGAAAAAAAAAAAAAAGUGAUACUCUCCAGUGAAUAACUUGCAUCUUCAGCACCUCCUCUUGACACUAGAGAACCGAGGCACUCAGCACCUUGCAAACUCUGGCCCAAAUUAUGCUGCACGGGAACGGGGGGAAACGCAAGGAAAAGCCUGUUGCAAUCUUAGCCUUGUGCUGAGGUAAGGUAGAUGAGUAUACAUACCCACUUAAUGUUGUUGUCAGACUUUAAGUGACUGGUCCAUCUCCCACAGAUACAAGUUUGAGCUGAACUGAGCUCUUGGGGCAUAAAGAAAAACAACUGCCCUCUUUCUCUGUGAGGUUAUUCCUGAGGUUAGAGGGAGGAGGAAAAGGAUUGAAAGGAAGAGGAAGAGCAGCUUUGGAGGGCUUGAGUUACGGUUUCCUAAUAGAACCAAGGAAGGAUUUUCCCAUUUAAGUUAAAAAAUAAAACAAUGGCAUCUGCUGAUUGCAGCAGCUAUUUGACUGAAGUGCCAGCCUAGAGCUGACUCAAAAACAGCCACUGCAUCACCAAGGGGAUCCACCUUAUCGGGGCUUUAGCGAAUGUCAGGGUGGUGUAGAGAACAUUUACAUCUUCAGCCACUGCUGUGGCAAAGGAGAGGCUUCUGUGUCUGAGCCUGCCAUUUGUGAGACGGCGACAAAUCUGCAGCUCCCUCCCUCCGUACUCCUGUUGCUUACUGAAUUUCAGCCAGGUUAACGUUUUGUAGCAUUUUCACCCUCUCUGUAAAUAAACCAAGAAGAAAUGGCAUGCCAUCACAUUAAAUGUGAAUUGAACAAUGUAUUACAGUUAUAAAAUUUCCUCACGUUACGGCGCUAAGAGUUUUGCUUGCGAUCAAUUACAGAACCUCACUCUUUUUUUGGAAAUGUAGAAAAAAGUCAUUUUCAGAAGUGUUUCAAACCUCCUCAUGGGACAUUAGCAGGAAAGAAGCUACAUGUACUAAUCAAGUGCCAGAUUAUGUACUGGCCAGCAUAAGUAUUUUUGUUUGCAUUAAAUAGUUAAAUACGCCAGCACUGUUUUCCAGUGCACGGGGAAUUUAUAUGGAGAACUCCUGAAGUUUAUUUACUUACACUAAUGGAAAUUAGCUGUUACCUCUCCAAUCCACGAGGAUACAGUUUAUGUUUGGUGGUGAUGCUAUGUUGUUGGGGGAAUGGGGAGUGACUGACUGACAAGCCAGUAGGGUAAUGCUAAGGUAAAUGUUCUGAAUGCCCAAGCAACGGAGAAAUGCAAAUCCCACUUUGAAAAGUGAGCUAGGAACCUGCCUCCCAUUAUCCUUCGGUGGGACUUAGGUUCCCAAGUGCCUGAAUUGCUUCUGAAAAUGCUAUGUUAGCUUUGUGAUUACUUGUUUUUAUUAACCCUAGCAAGCUGGAAGGAAGUUCUGUAGCAAGAGAACUACCACUAGCAUUAGCAAUAUGCAGACAUGCUUUCAUUGUGAGGUAAGAGGGAAAAGAUCUUUUAGUGAAGUAAGUCUCCUCUAGGGGCAAUAAUUGCCUUCUUUUUAGCUUGAAGAGUAUAUUUUAGUGAACUGGGAUCAUAUGAGUAUGAACAAAAAACAGAUCUUGUAAUUUUUAGCGAGUUAUCUUGAAGCAUAUAAAUUCCUGAUGUGCAUUAACUUGAGUGAAUUGGGCCUUAAUGAUCCAUGUAAAUACCAAAACUGUAUUCAGAUAUUUUCUCCAGAAAAGAGUCUUUAAUGGUCUGUACUGUAUCAAAAUUGAUAAGUGUCAAAGUGUUACUUUAUAUUACACUUCUUUUUUUUUUUAAAUAGAACAUUGAAACAUGCAUGUUUAUUUGCUACAGUAUUUUAAUGUUUUGGAUGAAGGCCAUCAGUUGUAUGGAGAUGACAAAACAAUCACUCUAUUUAUUCAGUAUUGCUGCUUAAAGUUUUCAAAAUAAAGCUUUCAAUGCCAAUAUAGUGACUGAUUGAAAGCUGUUCUAGCUCUCUUCAGCUGUUUUGGUUUUUUUUUUUCUUUUUUUUUUUUUUUUUUUUU